GAAACGUGUGGGAUCAGCCACUCUGUGUUCUCAUGUCUUACCAAGCAUUAGUGGCUGGUUAGUUUUUCUUUUUUGGGGGUGCUGAACUUGAGGGGUGCAUCCCACGACUACAGUUUAAAGGCGUGGUGGUGGCCGACAAGUGAAGGUUGGAGUGUUGGUGGGGGGGAGGCAACGAGAGGGCAGAGGCGACCGUCACUUGGCCAAAAAUGUCGAUUCAGUACGAGGUGGAGCAGCUGGCGGGCAGCUACGGAGUGGCGGACUCGUUCCCUAAAGACUUCGGCUAUGGAGAAGAGGAGGAGGAGGCGGACAUCGAGGACAGCCAGGCGCCGUCCGAUAGCAAACCGAGGAUUCUGCUCAUGGGACUCAGGAGAAGUGGCAAGUCAUCCAUACAGAAGGUGGUUUUCCACAAGAUGUCCCCUAACGAGACCUUGUUCCUGGAGAGUACCAACAAGAUAUACAAGGACGACAUAUCCAGCAGCUCCUUCGUCAACUUCCAGAUCUGGGACUUUCCCGGUCAGGUAGACUUUAUCGACCCAACCUUUGACUACGAGAUGAUCUUCAGAGGAACCGGAGCCUUGAUAUUUGUCAUUGAUGCUCAGGAUGACUAUGUGGAGGCUCUCGGGCGGCUUCACCUCACUGUGUCGCGGGCCUACCGGGUCAACCCAGAGAUCAACUUUGAGGUGUUCAUCCACAAAGUGGACGGCCUCUCGGACGACCACAAGAUCGAGACCCAGCGGGACAUUCAUCAGAGGGCCAACGACGACCUGGCGGACGCUAGCUUGGAGAAGCUUCAUCUCAGCUUCUACUUGACAAGCAUUUAUGACCACUCCAUCUUCGAAGCCUUCAGCAAGGUGGUGCAGAAGCUCAUCCCCCAGCUGCCCACUCUGGAGAACCUGCUAAACAUCUUCAUUUCUAAUUCAGGGAUCGAGAAGGCCUUCCUGUUCGACGUGGUGAGUAAGAUCUACAUCGCCACAGACAGCUCUCCCGUGGACAUGCAGUCCUACGAGCUGUGCUGUGACAUGAUCGACGUGGUCAUCGACGUCUCCUGCAUCUACGGUCUGAAGGAGGACGGCAGCGGCAGCGCCUACGACAAGGAGUCUAUGGCCAUCAUCAAGCUCAACAACACCACCGUGCUCUACCUGAAGGAGGUCACCAAGUUCCUGGCACUCGUCUGCAUACUGAGAGAGGAAAGCUUUGAACGCAAAGGCUUAAUAGACUACAACUUCCACUGUUUCCGGAAAGCCAUCCAUGAAGUAUUUGAGGUGGGAAUUUCCACGCAACGCCUAGGCGGGACGCAGCCUCUGAGCUCGCCGUGCAAGAAGACCGUCGCGCUGAACGGCACGCCACGCAACACUAUAUAGGCUCUGAACACACAAAAAAAAACAAAAGCAAAAAGGGCCAAGAAGGAAGGACGGAAGGAAGGUUAAGGAAGGACCAGGGGGAGACUAUCACAGUCUUUAACCUCCCAACAUCAACAAAGUGGCCGAAGGAAGGAAGGAGCCACUGGAAGGUCAGGCCAGGACCAUAACUGCAACCUGGACCUAAGAAGGACUCUUUCUUUGGAUGUCUGGUAGCGUAUCGAAAGACAAUUGGCUCCAGGUCCAAUGGAGGGACCAACGGUCACCGCAAGUGAUGCACCCACCCAGACCACUUGUUCAAAAGAGAAGGAUGGGCACUGUGGAAGAUGGCCUUACAGAGCCUGUCUCCGGCAACAAGCUCGCUCUCAGCACCUCUUGACACCUCGCCCCCAAUGCUGCCCGGUUGUCACCCGUGGUGGUUUCACUCAUCUCAAGGGAAGCACUCGAAAGGGAUCGUGUGUGUGUUUGAAUGCAAAGGUGUGUGUGUGCGUGUGUGUUUGAAUGUGUGUGUUGCGCUGGCGUUUGAAAGAAGGUUUACAGAGACUUAUGUCCCUCUUCUCAAUAAAACUAAUUAAGAAUCAAUACUCUUGAUUUAUUUUCUUCUGUGAAUAUGUUGCUUGUCGAGUUUCUUUUACAAUCCACUCUAGUCACCUCCUGACUCACCACAACUGUGAUGAACGAUAGAAUGAACAUGCUGUGUGAAAAUAAAACAUCUCAAUGUGCUGUUUGGUGUUUACU